GCAAUUCUAAGCUUCAAGUGCAUGGUGUCGACCGUUCUUGGGCACAAGGGGUGCCGCUGGAUUGCCCUGGGCUGGACAGCGUUUAUCGCCGAGAACCUGGUCCUGUCUGAGUUCAAGGAACACAUUGUGGCUCAGUUUGGACAAGACAACUACCGGCUGACGUACUCGACGUUGUCGACGGCUGCGUGUGGGUCCAUUGCGUAUGGAUACCUUGUGCAUGGACGGCAAACUGGUCCGAUGGUGACGUCAUUGGCCAAGCGCUUCCCGCUGGCAGUAUUUUCGGUGCAAGCGUUGGGGCUAGCUGGCAUCGCGGCACUAGCGAUGCCAAAGCUACAGAUCCCAUUUACUACAAACAAUGACAUCACGGCUGAAAUGACUCCGUCGUCAACAAAGGAGACUGCAGUGCCAACCUUUUCGGUGCAAUGCCCUGUGGACUUCAAGGCAGGCAAGGUCGACUUGAAGGAAAUCACUCGCUACCCCAUGCUGUUUUCGUUUGGACUGGCCACGCUCGGCACGAGCUUGGCAUCUCCGUACUUGUCGCUGCGGCUCUUGGCAGGCUUUCCGAUUGUGAUGGCUGUCGUGGGCGGCUUGCAUCAAGACCGUCGUCACCUGCGCUCGGGUGAACUGGACCAGGCUACGUAUGAAAAGACUAGCUUGCUGCCGUUUGUCGCGCUGGCCCAACAUGGCGGGUGGGAAGACCUGGCCGACAAGCUGCCAUGGGUUAACAUUGGAGUUGGUGUGGCAUUCGCACUGGGGCUUGCUCGUCGCCGUAUGGUCAUGCUUAAGCCAGCAUUGUUACCUUCAGGUGUGUCGUCCAAGCUACCUCCUCCUCUGGCAUAGCUUUCCCCGUUGCAUCAUCAAUGCACUUAUACCAAAGCUUCUCAUUUCUUGACAAGUUUAUUUGGAGAGACUCGUUCGGCCAUGUGCCAUUAACAUGACACCAACUAGCAUUGACGUCGC